AUGUCGGAACCAAUGGCCCAGGACACAAACAACGAACAGCAGCCUAUCUCUGCUGCCAGCACUCGCCCUACGAGAGUGUUUGGAGUCCCGUCGGCAGCAUCAAUUCCUGUCGCCCCAGCUCCCGCGCCGGUGCAAUACGUUUCAGCACCACGGGAGGAUUGGACGUGGGCUCCCAAGCCGUUUCUGUACGACGGCACGCCGGAUCUGCUUGUUCUGCAGAACUGGAUUCGCGCCGUUGAGCGAUUCUUGCGAACCCGCGACAUCGCUACCAAGAAGCAGGCUUGGACAGCCUACAAUUUUUUGACAGGCGCCGCGCUAGACCGCUGCGACGUAGACCCGCGAUUGCACCCAGGACUCGAGGAAGGCUCGCUCUCGUGGCUCGAGCUCAAGACCUACUUGAAGCGCUCAUUUACCCCAGGCGACGCCCUGAAGCGAUAUCGGCUUCAAUUCUAUGAGUGCCGACAGAAAGGGUCGGCGCUCGACUUCAUCACGGAGCUGGACCGAUUCCGUACGGUCCUCAAGUUGGAUGAAUGGUUGGUCCUCGACCAACUGGAGCGCGGAGCGAAGCCCAAUGUCGCCCGCGAACUUCGCAUGAGAAGGCCCGCGAACCUGGACGAGGCAAUCCACGUUGCGCUCUCGGUCCAAGAAGAUGUCCAAACUCGGUGCGAAGACGGUGGUCCCUUCAGAAGAGCCUGCAAAAUCGGUUAUCUCUCCCGGUCAGAUAGCUUUGAUAGAAUACUAGUGAUGUCGGUGCCGGAGCCAGGCGAAAAGGCUCAAAUUGGUGACCUCGACGACACAGAGGUCGGAAACAGAACGGAAGAACUCAACGAAGAGAACAUCCAGGACGCGUUGGACAUUCCACUGCCUGUGGUCUGUCGUCAACUAACAGUGGUCCCCUGGCGGUCGUUGAAGUGCCUGCCAGAACUGUCAUGGACCAUGCCUUAG